AUGCCUCACCCCACUCUGCUUUCCUCCUUACGACAACCCCCCGAACCAAAGCUGCCCAUCCCUGAGUCUGAGCCAAGACCACGAACUUGCAUCUUACCUCGCGCCAUUAACAACUCUUCGCAAAUUGCUGCGUCUCCUCCGCCGUAUCCCGCUCGCUCUAUCCACGUACCUACCAUGGCCGACUCUCUUACCGAGGAGCAGGUCUCCGAGUUCAAGGAGGCAUUCUCUCUGUUUGACAAGGAUGGAGAUGGUCAGAUUACCACCAAGGAGCUGGGCACCGUCAUGCGUUCCCUGGGCCAAAACCCGUCCGAAUCGGAGUUGCAGGACAUGAUUAACGAGGUGGAUGCUGACAACAACGGCACCAUCGACUUUCCUGAAUUCCUGACCAUGAUGGCCCGAAAAAUGAAGGACACUGAUUCCGAGGAGGAGAUCAGAGAGGCGUUCAAGGUGUUUGACCGAGACAACAAUGGGUUUAUCUCGGCAGCAGAGCUACGUCAUGUUAUGACUUCUAUUGGCGAAAAACUCACCGACGACGAGGUUGACGAGAUGAUUCGGGAGGCUGAUCAGGACGGCGACGGCCGAAUUGAUUGUAUGGAACCAUCAAGCCGAGCCUUUCGAAACGUUCCUCUACUAAUCCGUUUGGCAGACAACGAAUUUGUCCAGCUUAUGAUGCAGAAGUAA